CUGAGCCCCGACCCCGGCCAGAAGAGGGUCAUGGGCCAGACCAGGAACAUUAUCGCGCAGAUCUUCGCGGCCGACGGCUUCCGCGGAUUCUACCGCGGAUACCUCUCCAACCUGGCCCCCAGCGACUGCCCCCACCUGGUGCUGCAGGCCGUGGCCGGACCCCUGGCUGCCGCCACCGCCUCCACCGUGACCAACCCCAUGGACGUGGUCCGGGCCCGGGUCCAGGUGGAGGGGAGGACCUCGGUGAUCCAGACCUUCCGGCAGCUGAUUGGUGAGGAGGGUUUCUGGGGUUUGACCAAAGGCCUGUCGGCGCGCAUCAUCUCCUCCACGCCCACCGCCGUCGUCAUGGUGAUCGGCUACGAAACGCUGAAGAAACUGAGCCUGCGCCCCGAGCUGCUGGACUCCCGCCACUGGUAG